AUGCCAGAAACAUAUGAACUAGAAGAAAGUGAAUCGGAUGACGAACCUGAAUAUGAAAUACCAGAGAUCAAUAAUGCUACUAUGCUAGUUAGCGAUCUUCUGUAUGAAACCAACCUGGCAGCCCAAGAAUUAGAAAGUAACAUUAAUGAAUAUAUUGAUAUGAUUGACCAGCCAACCAUGACUGAAGACAUAUUAACAGAUGAUGUAACUAUGGCUGAGGCCAUUGAAGUAUUGGAAAAGGUUAUAAGAUACCAGGAAAGCCUUGAUUUUGGAAUUGGGUUUGAUAAGUAUGAAUUAGCUGCAUUGAGAAAAAGACUCAAGGAAUGGAGAUCUGAAAAAAAAUAA